UUCUAUGGAUAGUUUAUACGAGCCCAUCCCAGAGCAAUUAUCUGAUCAGGAAAACACUUGUGGUAGAACAGAUUCUUCUGUCUCAACAGCCCAAGAAGAGAAUGGACAAGCUCACAGUAAAUACUUCAUGGAACCUUCUAGUUUUGAGAAUGCAAAACCAAAAAGAACAAGGCCAUUCCGGAGAUGUGCAUCUGAAAAUAAAAUAUUUGAAGGGAAAACUGUGAAUGACACAACCUGGCAGAAACCCAGCAAGCCUGAAAAUGACUCCGACAUCAAAAGACCCUGUCAGCUAAAAGAUAUCAAUGAAGUUAUGAAUAAUAACAUACAUACCCUUCAAGGAAAUCCAAUACAUGGAGUCUCUAACCAGAGCCUGACCUCUGAAUGCUGGAAUCCAUCUCACCAUCAAAGACACAUCCCGUCCCCUGAAGAUGCAGUGAUCAUAAAAUCAGGUGGUGACCCGGUGGAAUCAAUGGGGACAUUAAAGAGACUCCAGAAACUGGUUUGGACCAAGAAACCCAAGAUACAAAGUUUGGAUGAAAUGAAACCUUCAUUAUUAAGUCUCCAAGAUGAAGAUGAUGCAUUGGUUUCCUGUAUGAGAUUAGCAAAAUCCCAGGAAAAGAGAAUGAACAGAAGAGAGAAGAAAGAAACGGAGAUUACACAGAAUUCUUUUUGUGCAUCACUGAGCAGAUCCCACACUUCAACUGGAUACAACUUGGAAGAGAUGUGGAACAGCUGGGAACAUGUUCCAGAAAAUCCACAGUGGACAUGUGUGGACUUCCAAAUCUCCCAAGUUGGAUCCUGGGGUGAUUGCUCAUAUUGUACACACCACCCCCAUCUCACAUCUUCUUUCACAGAUGUGGACCUCCUACACUCAUGGCGCAGCAGCAGUUUUGGUAAUUUUGAUCGUUUCCGGAAUAUUUCUGUAUCAAAGCCAACUGAUUCUACCGAGAAACAUGAAGGAGAACCCAUUAACGAAAAUGGAGAACAACAUAAAGCUUCAACUAAUGGAGGGGGUUUGAGUAAGAAAAUGAGAAAUAUUUCAUGGACAAUGAAGAAAAAAGUUGGUAAAAAAUACAUCAAAGCUCUUUCUGAGGAAAAGGAUGAAGAAGAGGGAGAUGACAUUCUUCCAUAUCGGAACAGUGAUCCCAUGAUCGGGACCCACACAGAGAAGAUCUCCCUUAAAGCCAGUGAUUCUUUGGAUAGUCUCUACAGUGGUCAGAGUUCAUCAAGUGGAAUAACAACCUGCUCAGAUGGUACAAGUAACCGUGAUAGCUUCCGAUUGGAUGAUGACAGUCCCUACUCAGGACCAUUCUGUGGCCGUGCCCGAGUGCACACGGACUUCACUCCAAGUCCCUAUGACACCGACUCCCUCAAAAUCAAGAAAGGAGACAUCAUAGAUAUCAUUUGCAAAACGCCAAUGGGGAUGUGGACAGGAAUGUUGAAUAACAAGGUGGGAAACUUCAAAUUUAUUUACGUGGAUGUCAUCUCAGAAGAGGAGGAAGCCCCCAAGAAAAUAAAGGCCCACCGAAGGAGUAAAGUUGGAAAGCCUGAGACUUUGUUAGAGUUCCUAGAAAGGAUCCACCUUCAGGAAUAUAGUUCAACACUUCUGCUCAAUGGUUAUGAGACUCUAGAGGAUUUGAAGUAUAUAAAAGAGAGUCAUCUAAUUGAAUUGAACAUUGAAAACUCCGAAGACAGGAAGAGGUUCUUAUCAGCUGCUGAAAAUCUCCUUGAGGAGGAAACUAUUCAAGAGCAAGAAAAUACUCCAGUGCCCACAUCCUUAGGCUCCGACAUCUCCUUAAGCAAGUCACAGUUAGAUGACUGCCCACGGGACUCUGGUUGCUAUAUUUCUUCAGGAAAUUCAGAUAAUGGCAAAGAAGAGUUGGAGUCUGAAAAUCUGCCUGAGAUGGUCCAAAAGAUUAGCAUCAAGGAGCCAACCAUCUAAAUAUACAUCCUAACAAUUUGGCUACCAUGCAUCACAUUUUAACUUCUGUGCCAAAAGGCCAAGUAGGAGAAAAAGAGAACUACUGGUAAUUACUACCUAAAGUUAAAUUAUUUUAAUCUGAGUGAUUGUACAUACAAGCUUACAUCUCUGUCCCAUUUAUUGUAAAUAAAAUGUAUAUAUUUAUAUUUUAAAUUCUGUGACUUCAUAUUUUACACAUCUGUAAUAGGAAAAGUAGAGUGUAAAUGUUUCAUUAUGUGAUACAUGCCUUAUUUGAUUUUAUUUCACAAGUACAAAAUCAUAACAUUAGCAAAGAAAUCCCUCCUUAUUUCCUUGUUAAUUUUGAAUUUAUACAUAUAAUUGAAUGAUUAGUGGUAGAAGGUGUUUCCGUUGAGUCAACUUGCCCAAAAUUACAUCUAUACUCAUUUUGUACUUAUAGGAAAAGGGGUCAAUACCAGAGAUACUGUAACCUAAUCCAUUAUGGUGGUUUAGUAAAUAUUUUUGCUGAUAUUCUUUACUAUGUUAUCCAAUAUAAUGUACUGUCGU